AUUGCUUGGUCAAUAAAUAGUUGCAAACUUAAAGACAAUCACACACAUUUUGGCAGUUAACGUUUAUUUUAUACAUUUCGUUUUCAAAAAAUAUGUUUAUCAAUUACCUUUCAAUACAACAUUAGUAGAUUUGGAUCAAAUCACCAAAAUAUGACUAGUUUAUCUUAUGAAUAAUGAUUAAACAUUAUUUAUGUGACAAUCACUGAUCAGUUAAUUGUUGUUAUUAUUUAACAAAUAAUAUUAUGUAACAUUAAAAUAUAGUUAUUUGUACCAAGACUCAAGAAUUUGCCUAUUAUGCUAAGAAAUAUGUAGUGUUUAAAGUAGGUAAUUUUUUUUGUGUUAUGUACCUAUUGCGUUUUUGACUUUUUAUGCAAAAUAUGAAUGAUCCUAAAGAAACUCAAUUCAAUGGAACUAGUAAUUGGAAAUCACACCCCCGUCAUAUCCAAGAGAAAUGGGAAACUCUUGCUAUUUUCAAAGAUGAUAAACUAGUUUUAAUGAAGUUCAAUAAUCCGGAAAUUGAAGAUAUUAAUUCUAAUAUUCAAAGAAAUGUAAGCGGAUAUUAUAAAUAUUUCGUGGAUUCAAGUAAUGUUAAUUUUUCCCCAGAUGUUUUGGACAGUUUAAACAAAUCAUCUAAAAUUAAACAUAAGUUAAAGAGUGAUUAUUGGGAAUUAGCUGCUCAAGGGGAACAAGAGACGCCACUGCAAAAAUAUUAUAGAUUGAAGUUUGAAACCGAGGAUUUGUUGAUACAAGAAUCUAAUUUUCAAAUAGUGAACAAAAUUGAUCAAAAUGAAAGCCUGUGUGUUAAUAUUGGAUUUCAAAUACAAAAUAUACUAAACAAAUUACUAAUGUACAGUGUUGAUGGACAAUUAUUUCUAGAAAGUCAUGAAAAUACUAAAAUUUUUAAUUUACAAAAUUACAUUAGUACUAAAUUGUUAGAAAAAUAUCUGUGUAGAGUCGAUAAAGAACAAUUCAUUUUGAUUAAUAAUAUUUCCAAAGUGUUGAAUAUUGAAACAACACUAACAGAUUUAAAACCUAAUACAUUAAAGAGUGUACAAUUACAACAAAUAUCACGAUUAGAAAAUCGUCUUCAAAAAUUGGAAGUAAUUAUUGGAUCUGAAAAAACAAUUUUGAUACGCUUAGCUGGUAACAAUAACAGUGAUGGAUUGGUUGAAGCCAUUUCUGUAUUAAGAGGAUUGUCCAAACAAAUUUUACCUCAAAUUAAUGUAAUUGAAUCCAGAGUUGCUUACUUAUUACCUAAGUUAAAACAAAUUACUUCAAAAGAACUUGAUCAACAUUUAGAAGUAGAUAAAAAAACUAACAAACUCUAUGAAGCUCUUUUAAGAGCAAGAGAAGAAUCAAAUUUGUUACCCCACAUUCUACAAAGAAUGACCAUUUUAGAAAUUUUUCGUCUUAAAGUUGAGGCAUUUGCCGUAACAGUGAACAAUAUUAGAACUCAAUAUUCAGAAACCUCUAAGACUCUCAAGAACAAUGCACUAUUACUUAAUAAUAUUGAAACGUAUAUACCUAAACAUUUAGCAAGUGCAGUUUCUAAUUUGCAAUCUUUAAAUGCUCGAAUACGAAUGUUUGAUGAUCGAUUAAAAAAUAUUGAAGUGUAA